CCAAGUUUUUAAAGACUUUUUAUUACAACAGUUAGAAGUAGUCUCAGAUCAUUGCUUUAUUUCGGAAAGUACUUAAAACAGUGACUUCUGACGUGAAGCUUUACAUUUAUUUACGCGUAGAAAUAUAUUCAAUUACUUUUUUCUGUAAACGCACUUUUUUUAAACACGCCUUCAAGAUGACGUCCGUGUCGUCGUCACCGGUAGUCCCACAAUUCAACUCGGCGCGCGAAAGCUGACUGAAAUAAACAACAGAUCUAAACAAUGAGCAAAAAAGACAGUGCAGGUGUCGCACAGAUCCUCGCUUACCUGAAUGAGAAAAACAGACCCUAUAGUGCUCAGGAUGUCUUUACGAACCUACAGAAGCAGUGUGGUCUGGGUAAAACGGCUGUGGUCAGAGCAAUGGAGCAGCUGGCCCAGGAGGGAAAGAUUAAAGAGAAAGUCUAUGGAAAGCAGAAGAUCUACUUUGCGGAUCAGUCUCAGUUUGCGGAUGUGAGUGAUGCUGAACUUAAGGAGAUGGAUGCUCGCGUUGCAGAACUCGGUGUUGAAGUACAGAGCAUCUCACAGAGCUGCAGGCAGCUGGAUACAGAACUGAAGGAGCUCAACGGCUCAUUAACCACAGCAGAGAUGAAGGCACAGAUCCUGGAGCUGCAAGCAGAGUGCUCUGGGUACAGAGACAGGCUGGAUAAGAUCAAGUCGGCUACAAACCAUGUGACCCCCGAGGAGAAACAGAAGGUUUACAAGGAGAGAGAGACUUAUGUGAAGGAGUGGAGGAAGAGGAAGAGAAUGGUAACCGAUAUGGUUGGAGCUAUUUUGGAGGGUUACCCAAAGAGCAAGAAACAGUUUCUGGAGGAGGCUGGGAUUGAAACAGAUGAGGACCAUAAAGUGACAAUGCCCAACAUCUAAUGGAGGACUCACUGAUUAAAUUCAGAUGCCGGCAACACCGCUGCUGGGACAACAGACCUUUGGAAAGGUUGGAAAGUAAUGUAGAGGAUUCUGGGACACAGAGAGAGCAGUGUUUUUUUUUUUUUUUUGUUUUUAAACCAAUCCUAUUUAUAAAAGUUCUGUUGAGGGGGAAAAAAAAAGAACAAACAGGUUGUAAAUAAGCUUCAACGUUGUUUAUUUUUCAAUUAAAAAAAAAUUAUACUGAUACAAAAAGUUUCCAGAUUCUUCCAUUGAAGUCCAUUGAAGAAAUGCAGAAGCACUAGUAUAGUAUAGUAGUUCAGCACGACCUAGCCUCGUUUCUGUGAGCUGGCGUUCACUCCACUUUAUGGCUUAACUUGUAAAGACGUCCCUUAUUCCAACGCAGGUCAAACAGCUGAUUGUACAAUCAUCUGUUAUUUACAAAAAAAGAUCUCAAUACCUAAAAAUCUUGUCCUGAGUAGAAUUUGAUUCUAAUUUUCAUUACGCCUUAAUUAACAUUCAUUAAAAAUAUAAAUAGAAUUGAGCGGUCACACCACACACCAUGUAGAGCUGCUACCAGGCACGGGUGCGACUGUGUCUUCAUUGAUAGCUUAUGCAGCACAAAACAUACUGAUCACAAGAGCUUAAACCAUUAUCAUAAACGUAGAAUAAAACAAUAUUGCGCUACACAAAGCUGAACAAAACUGACAUAACAUGACAAAAAAGAGGUUUAUCUUCCAUUAUGUGUGCACAGACACUGCAAUCUUUGGUCACAGCAUCCCAAAGGACAAAGAGGAACUAAGAUGGCUCAGCAUUGCCUUACUUUAAUUAUAUUAAAGCAUGCAAGACAGCUGUUUUUGGACGUAAAAACCAACUGACAGUGAUGCAUCACAGUGUAACCAGACCUCUC